AUGCCACUUGUUCUUUGGAGUGUACACGAUGCGAUCUAUACACCGCCGGGAAUCAACCGUGAGUCUCUGUUCUUUUCAGUGCUAAUUGAUAAGGACGAUGUUAAGAGAGCGUGCUGCCUCACAUUCACUCCUCCUAAGCAAGUUGUCGUGUGGUACGGAACGCAGACUGGUGGCACGCAGAACCGGCCAAGAAAAGGUGAGAUCAUUUCGAACGUGGCGUGGCAACGCGACAGGCCCGGCGCAUCCAGACCAGGAAAUCUUCAGCAGUCGCCGCAGAUGAUCCCAUCUGGGUAUCAACAAGGAGUGCAGCUCCAAUAUCUCCCACGUAUUAUCUCCAUCAGCACACAACAAACGAAUGGCGCCUUCCGCACCGACCCCUCAAAUUCGCAUCCUCAAUAG